GUGACGUCACACUGUCCGUGGCCACGCCCUCCGUUUUCUCCCCAGGCUCCUCCCUCCGAUGAAGCAGAGACUAGAGCCCAGGCCUGGGGAUGGAACAGGUGUAGUGGGACCAGCGGGGAUGGAGGGCAGGGAGAGGCGGAGCCAUGCCUCCCGGACUGCCCUAGAACACACCCUCGUUUCAGCCUGUCCCUCGGGCCGGCCUGGGCGGCUCCAACGCCUCCUUCAGAGCGGGGAGUUCCACCAGCUGCGAGACUUCACCAUCUUUGAGAGCAAUUUCGUGCAGGUGACCCGCUUGGGAGAAGUUGCCAACAAGGUGACCAUGGGGGUGGCGGCCUCCAGUGCCGCCCUGGAGCGCCCAGACCUGCUGCUGCUGGCGGGCCCCGCCAAGGAGAACGGACGCCUGCAGCUCUUCGGGAUGGUCCCCUUGCAGUUCGUCCAGCUCUUCGUCCACGACGAAAGCCGCAGGCAGCUCAAGGUCAAGUUUCAAACCGGACGCACCUUCUACCUGCAGCUGCAGAGUCCGCCCGGCUCCGGGGACUGCGAGUUCGGCCAGUGGGUGCGGCUGCUCUACUGCCUGCGCUUCCCCUCGGCCCAGAGUGACCGGGAGGAGGACCGGGAUGAGGAGGAGGAGGAGGAUGAUGGAGAGGACGAUGAAGAGGAGGAGGAGUAUCUGACCGAGGGGGCGGAGUGCGGAGAGUGGUGCAGCGUCCUCUCCCGCCCCAAUGGCAGGUGCACCUGCAGCCGCGGCCUCUGA